UGAUGACGUUUUUACCCGCCGUCCGUUUGAAAGUUGACCUUUCACACCCCUCAUUCAAGCAGGGCGCUGGACACAAAGCGUUGGCGCUGCCUCGCCAGAGUAUUCACAGGAACGUUAUACAGACUGAGUAAGAUGCCCAGGUGUUUGCCCUGAUAUUUGGUCCCUGUGAACAGCUAGGAGAGUCAGCCAUGUCCGGCAGUUCACCCCGGGGCCAGGAGCUCUCUCCGACCCCCCACACCCCCGGGCAGGACAGGAAGGCGAAGGUCCCUCCCAACCUCACCAUUUACCCGGCAUCGAGAACCACAGAUCUACCACCCUGUCUAUUCUGUAAGAGAAGUGAGAAUCAACAGCAGAAGUAUGGACAGCUCAUCACAGACAGAGACAGUGGCAUCACUGUCCAUUAUUUCUGUCUGCUGUUGUCAUCAGGCAUUCACCAGGAGGGAGGGGAGCAGGAGGGCAUCUAUGGAUUUAGAGAACAGGAAGUCAUCAAGGAAUAUAGAAGAGGUCUGAGACUGAAGUGCAACUUUUGUGAGCAGAAAGGUGCAACUAUCGGAUGCUGCACAAAGAAAUGCAGGGCAGUGUUUCACCUGCCUUGUGGAAUGGACAAUGGAAGUCUGCAUUUGUUCUUCGAUGACUUCAAGUCCUACUGUAGGGAGCAUCGUCCGAUGCAGGUCAUUUCAAAGGACAUGAUCCUGGACACUCCUGAGAAGAACCCUGUGUGCCCCAUCUGUAUGUACCGCCUCACUCCCAAACCUUCUCACAAUGUGUUGAAGACACCCUGCUGCAAGAGAACAUGGCUGCACAGGGAUUGUGUCCAGCACCAGGCUUCCAGUGCAGGAAUGUACUUCUUCCGCUGCCCGAUCUGUAAUUCCAAGGAGGCGUUCCAGCAGGAAAUGUUGAAGAAUGGCAUCUACAUUCCUGAACAAGAUGCAUCCUGGGAGCUGGAGGAUAAUGCCUUUGAAGAGCUGCUGCAGCGCUACAACCGCUGUGAUGCUGAGGAAUGUAUCUGUGCCCAGGGCAGGGACUUCAACAAAAAUUGGGGUUCAGGAGCACUGAAACUUGCUCUGGUUCAAAGGAUGGGGAAGUACAAGGUGUAA